GUGUUCAUUGGGUGACAUUACAAAUGACGAUACCUGCUACGAGAAAGCACUAGAAGUAUCAGGCAAUAGGUCUGCCCGAGCAAAGAGAUCUCUUGCUCGCAGUGCAUACAAUAGGGGGGAUUAUGAGAAAUCUAGAACCCUAUGGGAGUCAGCCAUGGCUUUGAAUUCUUUGUAUCCAGAUGGUUGGUUUGCCCUUGGAGCUGCUGCCUUGAAGGCUAGGGAUACAGAGAAGGCACUGGAUGCGUUUACUUCUGCUGUUCAACUUGAUCCUGAAAAUGGGGAAGCUUGGAAUAAUAUUGCUUGUUUGCAUAUGAUUAAAAAGAAGAACAAAGAGGCUUUCAUUGCAUUUAAAGAAGCACUGAAGUUCAAGAGGAAUAGCUGGCAGUUGUGGGAGAAUUUCAGCCACGUUGCUGCUGACAUAGGGAAUUUUAGUCAGGCACUACAAGCUACACAGAUGGUGCUGGAUAUGACUAGCAAUAAAAGAACUGAUACCCAGUUCUUAGAGAGAGUGAUUUUAGAGAUAGAGAAGCAAUCUCUAACCACAGAUUCCCAAUCUUUUGAGUCCACCAAUGACCAUAAUUACAGCAGUCAAAUUCAUUCCAGUUAUUCCAAUAAAAGAACUGAUUCAGAAGCCGGGCCAGCAAAAACAUGGGAAACUGGUAACUUGGUGGAGUUGCUUGGGAAAAUCUUACAACAGAUUGUACGAAGCAAUGGGGAACCAGACAUGUGGGGAUUGUAUGCAAGGUGGCACAAACUGAAAGGAGAUCUUACAAUGUGUUCUGAGGCCCUUCUAAAGCAAGUUAGAUCAUACCAGGGAUCUGAUUUGUGGAAAGACGUGGAUCGGUUUAAGAAAUUUGCACAUGCUUCAUUGGAACUUUGUAAGGUGUACAUAGAACUUUCUUCCCUCAAUGGUGGUCGUAGAGAGUUGCUUUCAGCUGAGAUGCACUUGAAGAGCACUAUCAAACAGGCUGGGAGCUUUUCCAACACCGAAGAAUUUAGGGACCUUCAGGCUUGUCUUAGCGAGGUGCAAAUCAAAUUGGAAGCAAGUUAAAGCUCUUUCUGUAUAGACCUCAUACUUGAGAAUAUCCUUUCUAAUUUGCAGCAAGACACUUUUCCUGAAAGGGGGCGAGGCAUUAUGCAAAUCUCUUCUUGUUGAAGUUUUGAUAUUUAGUUAACUUAGUGGCAUAAGUUCCUGCAUGAUAGUAAUAGUGGUUCUUUUUCUUCCCCUCUUUUAGGCCUUAGUCAUAAAGCAUUUCUUUUUUUUUUUUAAUUGUAAAAAUGUGUUCCAUUGAUGGAUGACCACUUAAAUUCCACUUCUAUCCUUUGUUAUACUUUACUAAAUAGACUUGAAACCCUUUCCUUUUGGAUGGAAAUUCUUGUGGAGAAUAACUAGAGAGUUUGGGUGAUCUGGAAGAUUAAUUCUUACAAAUUACUCGUGGCUUAA